GCUGGCCACGGCGCACAUUUCCCCUCUGCUCGCCUCGGAUCUUUUUUCUCCUCUCAGCUCGGCCGUGAUUUCAGAGCGGGACACGUAUCGGAGCGGUAAAGUGUGCGCGCUGGUGCGUAAUCGCCCGCAAACCUCUUCGCGGUGGCGCUGCGCCUCUGUGCCAAUGGAUUGAUUAGAGUAUUUUCUCCGACUCGUGCCUCGACCAAGUUGAGCAAACAGUCCGUGUAACCUGCGGCUCUUCUGGAGCUGCAUGUCUCCCCCGGUCUGUUCCAAAGUGCCUGUUUCCGGAGGAUUGUAGGAUCGUGAACUUUUUUUUCGUUUGUUCGUUUACAGGAGGCGGCUUGGGAUUGUACGGAUUUCUAUAUUUGAGCUUCUCCUGGAUUUCCCGAAGCCUGCAAAGAUUUCUUGGUGAAAAGUGAUGGCCGAGCGGGGAGCUCUGUGGCUCCUCUGUCUCCUCUGUCUCACCUUUCUGUACUCGGAGUGCGCGGCGGCCAGGCAUGUCGACAAAGGUUCCCCUGCCCAGCCCUUCACCCCCUUCUGGUUCACGGUGGAGCCCCAGGACGUGGUAGCCACUCGGGGCAGCCCUGCUCUGCUCAACUGCUCGGCCCACAGCGGCUCCGCCUCCGCCCCCGUCAGGAUAGAGUGGAAGAAGGACGGCACCUUCCUGAGCCCCGCGGCCGACGACAGGCGACAGGUGCUCCCUGACGGCUCCCUGCUCUUCACCCAUGUGGUCCACUCCAAGCACAACAAGCCAGACGAGGGCACGUACCAGUGCGUGGCCACCAUGGACAGCCUGGGCUCCAUCUCCAGCCGGACAGCGCGCCUCUCUGUAGCAGGAAUGCCGAGGUUCGCGAGCCAGCCGUCAGCCACCAGUGUCCGCGUGGGGGACAGUGCGGUGAUGAGCUGCGAGGUGAACUCUGACCUCGUGCCCUUUAGCCGCUGGGAGAAGGACCGACAACCCCUGGAGCUGGGCAUCAGACUGGUCCAGCUGCCCUCCGGAGCUCUGGUCAUCAGUAACGCCUCAGAGUCUGACUCUGGCCUGUACCGCUGCGUGGUGGAGAGCGGAGGAGCCACCAAGGCCAGCGACGAGGCCCAGCUCACGGUGCAGACAGAGAGCGGAGAGGAGCGGGCCCCAGAGUUCUUACAACAGCCCUCGUCCGUGACCAAAACCGUGGGCUCCAGUGUGCUCCUGCCCUGCGUGGUGAGCGGCUCCCCGGCCCCGUCUCUGCGCUGGACCGUCGGGGACAAACCCGUGGAAGAGAGUGAUGAGCGGGUGGAGGUGCUGGCAGGAGGAGUUCUACAGAUCUCCAACCUGACGGAGGAGGACGCUGGGGUCUACACCUGUACAGCAGAGAGCGGGAACGCCUCCAUCCAGGCCCAGGCCCAGCUCACCGUGCAGGUUCCUCCCCAGUUCGUGAAGAGGCCUUCCAACACGUACGCUCACGAGUCCAUGGACAUCGUGUUUGAGUGCGAGGUGAGCGGUUCGCCGGCCCCCACCGUCAAAUGGGUGAAGAACGGAGACGCAGUUAUCCCCAGCGACUAUUUCAAGAUCGUGAAGGAGCACAACCUGCAGGUGCUGGGUCUGGUCAAGUCGGACGAGGGCUUCUACCAGUGUUUGGCGGAGAACGACGCCGGGAACAUCCAGUCCAGUGCCCAGCUCGUCAUCCUGGACCAUGACGUAGCCCUGCCCUCCGGCCCCUCCCCCUCACUGACUCCUAACACUACUGACCAUGUAACGCCAGGCUCGGGAGGCGUGUCCGACACCGCGGGCCCCACCCCCUCGGCGCCGCGGGACCUGGUGGCGUCUCUGGUGUCCACGCGCUUCGUCAAGCUCACCUGGCGCCCCCCGGUGGAGCCCCACGGAGAGGAGCUCAUGUACUCGGUGUUCUACAGCCCGGAGGGAACCAGCAGGGAGCGAGUGGUGAACUGCAGUCGCCCCGGGGAGCUGCAGGUGACCAUCCAGAGCCUGCUGCCCGACACCAAGUACCGCUUCAGGGUGGUGGGACACAACAUGCACGGGCCCGGGGAGAGCAGCGCCGCGCUCAAGGUGGCCACCCAAGCUGAAGUCCAAGUGCCUGGUCCUGCUCCAAACCUGCAGGCCGUGUCCAACUCCCCCUCCUCUGUCACUCUGAGCUGGGACAAACCUCUCACCGGCAACGGAGACAUCCUCAACUACAGAGUGUACUACAGCGACGGCAGCGGCGGCUCCGAGCAGGACGUAGACGUGGAUGGACAGUCCCACACGCUGACCGGUCUGAAGAAGUUCACAGAGUACAGCUUCAGAGUGGUGGCCAACAACAAGCACGGGUCAGGAGUGUCCACAGAGGACGUGACUGUGAGGACACUGUCUGAUGUUCCCAGUGCUCCUCCUCAGAACCUGACGCUGGAGGUGCAGAACUCAAAGAGCAUCAUGAUGCACUGGCAGCCUCCUCCAGCCCAGGCUCAGAACGGAGAGAUCACAGGAUACAAGAUCCGCUACAAGAAGGGCUCCCGAAGGAGUGAGACGGCAGACAUCACGGCAGGGACUCAGCUCUACAAACUCAUCGACUCGUUGGAGCGUGGGACGGAGUAUUCGUUCAGAGUGUCGGCCAUGACGGUGAACGGGACUGGCCCCGCGACAGAGUGGACCACAGCUGAGACGUUUGACAGCGACCUGGACGAGUCUCGAGUGCCGGACAUGCCCAGCUCUCUGCACGUGCGCCCCCUGGUGAACAGCAUCGUUGUGAGCUGGACGCCGCCGGAGAACCAGGACAUAGUGGUGCGCGGGUACACCAUCGGCUACGGCAUCGGCAGCCCCCACGCCCAGACCAUCAAAGUGGACUACAAGCAGCGCUACUACACCAUCGAGAACCUGGACCCGAGCUCACAUUACGUCAUCACCCUGAAGGCCUUUAACAACGUGGGAGAGGGGAUCCCCGUGUACGAGAGCGCCGUCACCAGGCCACAGUCAGACCCCAUAGACCCUGAUGUUGACCUGUAUGAACUGUUCCAUGCUCCACACACCCCAGUGCCCGACCCCUCCCCCAUGAUGCCGCCCGUGGGUGUGCAGGCCACCGUCAUGAGCCACGACACCAUCAAAGUGAGCUGGGCCGACAACUCCCUGCCCAAGAACCAGAAGAUCACGGACAAUCGCUUCUACACCGUCCGCUGGAAGACCAACAUCCCCGCCAACACCAAGGUCAAGAACGCAAACACGACCAGCCUGAACCACGUCGUGACCGGUCUGAAGCCCAACACUCUGUAUGAGUUUUCUGUCAUGGUGACUAAAGGCAGACGCAUGAGCACAUGGAGCAUGACCGCGCAGGGGACCACCUUUGAGACCACCCCCAGCUCCUCCCCCAAAGACGUGACUGUGGUGAGCAAAGAGAACAAGCCCAGGACCAUCAUCGUGAACUGGCAGCCUCCAUCUGAAGCCAACGGCAAGAUCACAGGUUACAUCAUCUACUACAGCACGGAUGUGAACGCUGAGGUGCACGACUGGGUGAUCGAGCCCGUGGUGGGGAACCGGCUCACCCACCAGAUCCAGGAGCUCACCCUGGACACCACCUACUACUUCAAGAUCCAGGCGCGCAACUCCAAAGGGAUGGGCCCCAUGUCCGAUGCCGUGCAUUUCAGGACCCCCAAAUCCGAGUCCUCUGACAAAAUGGCCAAUGACCAAGCUUUGAAUCCACCGGUCAAGUCAGGUCCAGGAGGCGGCCUGUCCUACCCAGACUCUACGCUAGGUAAGGCAGGAGUCCCCAGUAAUGAGAACCACCUGCUGGUCAUUGUCAUCAUCUCUGUGGGGGCCUUCACCAUCAUCGUGGUCAUCGUUGGAGCCUUCCUGUGCACACGCCGCACCUCCUCACACCACAAAAAAAAGCGCGCUGCCUCCAAGUCGUCCAACGGCUCGCACAAGUACAAGGGCAACUCCAAAGACCUGAAGCCCCCAGACCUGUGGAUCCACCACGAGAGGCUGGAGCUCAAACCCAUGGACAAGUCUCCAGAGCCCAACCCGGUGAUGACUGAGACCCCCAUCCCCCGCUCGUCCCAGGACAUCACCCCUGCAGACAGUGUGCUGGAGAGCAGCCACCUGCAGCAGAGACGCAACUCCUACAGAGGGCACGAGUCAGAGGAUGGCAUGUCCACUCUAGGAGGCCGCCGCGGGAUCAGGCCUAAAAUGAUGAUGCCCUUUGAUGCCCAGCCGCCCCAGCCGGUCAUUAGUGCCCAUCCCAUCCACUCUCUGGACUCCCAUCAGCACCACUAUCACAUGGGCAGCCUGGCGUCGCCCACCCGCACCUACCUGUACCACCACCAAGCCAGCGGCGGGCGCCCUCACUGCGCCACCCCCAGCUCCCAUCUGGACAGGGUGGAAUCUGCAGAAUCCGUGAGGAACACCCCCUGCUCAGAGCCCCCUCCCCCCGCCUCCUCUCAGCUCUCCUGCCCCUCAGAGAUCAUGGUGGACCCGGAGGGCAGUUACCACGGCUCCAGCACCACGGAGGAGGAGGGCAGUUACAGCAGCAGCCUGCCCCCCCUGCGCCCGGUUCACCCUCACGCCCUCGCGCACCCGCUCAAGAGCUUCGCCGUGCCCGCCCUGCCCCCCGGAGCCCACCCCUCAUACGAGAACCCCGCUCUGCCCAGUACACCCCUGCUCGCUCAGAGUGGCCCCCCGUCCCACCCGCACGUGGUGAAGACGGCCUCCAUCGGGACACUGGGCAGGACGCGGACCCCCAUGAUCGUCAACGUCCCCAACGCUCCACCGGAAGUCCCCGAGACCAGCAAGAUGCUCGAGGACGUGGACAGUAGCUACGAGCCGGACGAGCUGACCGAGGAGAUGGCCCACCUGGAGGGUCUGAUGAAGGACCUCAACGCCAUCACCACAGCACCCUAGGGACCCCCACCCACCUACCUACCCAC